AUGGCGAAAAACUCAAAGUUGCGCGUUGCGUUUAUUCAUCCUGACUUAGGAAUCGGAGGAGCCGAAAGGCUGGUUGUAGAUGCUGCACUGGGUUUACAAUCCUUGGGUCACUCCGUGGAUAUAUACACAUCUCACCACGACCCCAACCACUGUUUUGACGAGACGAGAGACGGUACACUGCGCGUCCAUCAUGUAAUUCCACCGCUACCUCGGUCUAUACAGGGAAAGCUUCAUAUCAUGUUCGCGCAUGCAAGGCAGCUGCACCUCACAAUACACCUUAUGCGCACGUCAGCGCACCAAUACGACGUCUUCUUUGUCGAUCAACUCUCUACCUGUAUACCCUUCCUCCGAAUGUUCUGUGGAAAGCGCGUCGUUUUCUACUGCCAUUUUCCCGACAAGCUGCUCGCAAAUGGGGCCUUUGUAGAGGGUCGGCGGAACAUUAAUGUCAGUAUCCUGAAAUCCAUCUAUCGCUUCCCAAUGGAUUGGCUAGAGGAGGUUACUACGAGACAGUCUGACACGAUCCUCGCCAACUCAAAGUUUACCGCCCGAGUGACCAAAUCGCACUUUUCUUCCCUUAGACACCAGCUGAAAGUCGUCUAUCCGGGAAUUAAUAUCGAAGCCUAUAUUUCACCGGUCGACUCAUUAGAUCCUGAUAUCGUUCAAGUCGUCUCGCAACGGCGAACAUUGUUAUCUCUAAACCGGUUUGAGAUGAAGAAGAAUGCUGCUUUGGCAAUAGAAGCAUUUGCGAUACUGCGAAACAAGGACUCGAAUACAUCAGACGUGAGACUGGUUCUUGCCGGUGGCUAUGAUCCUCGUCUAGAGGAUAACAUACGAACCCUAAAAUCUCUCGUUGAACUUGCACAGUUCAGUGGUCUCACUUAUAACGUCAUCACCCCGUUGCAAUCUCGCGUGGCAGUACCGUCGUUCCCAAAGAUAACCCUGAAUGAGCCAGAUAUACUAUUCCUCUUAAACUUUACCACUGCUCAGCGUUCGGGUCUACUCCAGGCUCAAUCUACAGUCGCUCUAUUAUAUACCCCAGCAAAUGAGCACUUCGGAAUUGGACCGGUGGAGGGAAUGAUAUGCGGUCUGCCAAUACUUGCCUGCGACAGCGGUGGCCCCACGGAGAGUAUUGUUGACCAGCCGGUAGAUCAGAGGACGGGAUGGCUCUACCGUCCCGAGCCAUCGGUGUGGGCUCAAGCAUUAGAGGAAAUCUGUAAUCUCUCAGAGAAGGAUAGGAAGGCGCUCUCGCAGAGAGCUCGGGACCGUGCCCAGAGGAUGUUCGGAAUGGAGACGAUGGCGAAGUCACUCGAGGAAGUUUUGCAAGAGGCGGUAUCUAUGGGACCAGUCUCAAGAACGGGGAUGUGGUUCGUGAUGUUUGCGGUUCUAGGGUUAUUGGUGGCCUUUUCGGUAUGGAUCGUUUUCGGGGUAGCUCUUUGA